AUGGCGCCGCGCCCGGUCCCCGCACUCGCGCUCCUCGCUGCCCUGCCGCUGCUGCUCGGAGUGCGGACAACAUCCGCCUGCGACAACAUAACGUACAUAUCGUCGCAAGUGGACCUGCUUUUGGCGGAGUACGACCGCGGCGUGGGACACUCCGCCGCUGUGGCCGUCAGCGCCGCACUCGACGUGCAGCACGCGUCCAUCGACGAGAGAGCCUCGGCCGUGCGCCUGCUGGCUGCCUUGUACCUGAAGUGGGAGGACAAGCGCUUGUCCUGGAACGUGAGCAGUUGGGGUUGUGACAACGUGCUGGUGCCUUCGGAGCGGCUGUGGCUGCCCGACGUAUGGGUACUGAGCGCGGCUACCGUCGGCUCCUCUGGCGGAGACACAGGCCUGCGAGCCAGGCUCAGCAGUGACGGACGCGUCUCCUGGGUUGUUCGGUUCGAUCUUACUGCCCCCUUGACUCUAGACCUGUAUGAUUGGCCCCAGGACAAACAUGAGGCCGUCUUCAAAUUUGGCUCACGAUCGCAUUCUACUGAUGAAUUGGACUUGAAGUUAACUGAUUUAGAGCAAUCUACAAUAUUCGAAUCUGGUAUGUGGGAGCUGCUAUCAGUCCAGAGCUCGGAGUCGACGAGGCAGCGGCUGGGGGCCGAGCAGGCGGUGGUGGAGUGGCGGGUGACGCUUAGGAGACGCGCGAGGGCGCACGCGCUGGCCGUGGUCUCAGUGCUAGCGGGCGCGGUGUUACUGCUUACCGCCGCGGCGCUGCUCCCGCCCGCUUCGCGCCCGCCGCUGUGCGCGACCGCCUCGCUAGUAGCCGCUUUAUGGUUAAUAUCAGCGCUGGUGCGCCUGCCAGGCUCGUCGUCGGCGCCGCGGGCGCUGUCGCUGUUGUGCGCGGCGUGCGUGUGCGGCGCGGGCGCGGCGGCCGGCGCGGCGCUCGUGCAGCGCGUGGCGCGCUGCACCUCCCCUCCGCCGCACUCGUUACGAGCUAUUGUCACAUACGCUUCCGCUUUUUGUAAGCUUAUACCGCCUGAGGGCAGCAGCGCGGAGUGGAGCGCGUGGGCGGCGGCGGCACAGCUGCUGGACUACCUGCUGCUCGCCGUCAUGCUACUCACACUCUAUAUCGUCUUGUUCCUGAGUUUC